GGAGGGCGGGCUGGCUGCAGGCCACCUCCCUGGAAGCUUCAUGAUUUGCACACGGCCCCAGGGACGGGCCCCAGGGCGGGUCCUGAACAGGGGCUCGCUAGCUCCUUUCCAGCCGGAGUGAAGUCGUGGGCCCAGCCCAGGCGCUGGAGCAGGGCCCGGCCGGCGGGAAGCUCUGAAAAAGCACAGCUCUGAAGAAAACCAGCUCUUUCUUAGACAACGCCGGAACCAUGGGCAGUAAUGGAACAGAGCUGGACCUUGGUUACCUCUCCUCGUUCGUAGCAAUACUUUUAUUUGGAUCAAAUUUUGCACCACUUAAAAAAUAUGAUACUGGCGAUGGAAUGUUCCUUCAGUGGGUGCUUUGUGCUGCUAUUUGGCUGGUUGCCUUAGUGGUCAACCUGAUACUCCACUGCCCUCGGUUUUGGCCUUUUGCAAUGCUUGGAGGCUGCAUUUGGGCAACAGGGAACAUUGCUGUUGUCCCAAUUAUCAAAACCAUUGGCUUAGGCCUUGGAAUCCUAAUCUGGGGAUCCUUUAACGCUGUAACUGGCUGGGCAAGCUCAAGGUUUGGCUGGUUCGGAAUAGAUGCUGAGGAGGUCUCAAAGCCAGUGUUGAAUUACAUCGGAGCUGCACUCUCAGUGAUAAGUGCCUUCAUAUUUCUAUUCAUCCAAAGCGAAACACCACGGAACACUUGUGCACCCGAGACCACGCCGUUGCUGGCGGAGCACGCAAUCAACUCAGCUCCAGACCCCUGUGCCGGCCCCACCUGGGUGGACAGACUCCCAGCAGCGCAUCGCCGCCUGCUGGGCUGCAGCCUUGCGGUGCUAUCUGGGACACUCUAUGGGUCUACAUUUGUGCCCAUCAUUUACAUCAAGGACCAUGGCAGAAGAAAUGACAGCAUGUAUGCAGGAGCAAGCCAGUACGAUUUAGACUAUGUUUUUGCACACUUCAGUGGCAUCUUUCUUACAAGUACUGUGUACUUUCUGCUGUAUUGUAUGGUCAUGAAAAACAGUCCCAAACUCUACCCUAAGGCAGUCUUACCAGGGUUCCUGUCUGGAGUGCUUUGGGCGAUCGCUGCCUGCUGCUGGUUCCUAGCCAAUCACUCUCUCAGUGCUGUGGUCAGCUUUCCAAUAAUCACUGCGGGCCCAGGAUUGAUAGCUGCACUGUGGGGUGUCUUCAUUUUUAAGGAAAUACAGGGUCUGCGAAACUACCUCCUACUGGUUCUUGCAUUCUGCAUCAUCUUGUCUGGAGCUUUGUGCACGGCAUUCUCUAAAGUGUGACCAGCAGGUAGCAGCAUGGCCCGUGCACACCUGACCUCUACCGGACAAAGGAACCUGAACUGGGCAGAUCCCUCGCAGGCACCAGAGGGAUCCCUGCCUGAGUGGGGAAAGAACUGUGAGAAUAAACUAAACUGUGAGAAUAAACCAAAACUAGGUGUCAGAGAGUUUUAAAACUUCUGCCGGACUGUUAAGGCAGGCAGGACGCUAGCGGGUGACUGUGAUACCCGUGCUGCUGUAGGGCCACCUCUGAGCUGAAGUUGUGUUGUUCGGUCUUGCUCUGUGUUCUCCACUAUGAAUACCUGGUGUUGCAUAAUCUAGAGAGCAAAGUGGAGUUCACGUACUAAUACACUCACAUUUCUAGCUUAUUGAGCUUGAGGAACCAGAGAUAAAUACCUCUGGGGAGAAUUUAAUUCCCUUAUGGAAUUAAAUUUCAGAGUUACUUGGAUUCUUUGCAAGAGAAAGCAAAUAUCAAGCUCGGUGCCUACCUGUUAAAAGGCUGCUCAUUGUUUAAAAUAAGACCCAUUUUCACUUCAAAUUAAUUUUGCACAAAUCUGCAUCAUCCCUCGGAGCUCCAAAUGCUUUUUGAUUAUCUUCAGAUUAAAUUUAGAGGAAAAACAGUGCACCAUUGAGAAUGUGUGCAUACGCAGGCACACACAGCCAUGUUACUCCAUCCCCACCCCUGUGUGUGCUUUUCAGAUUUGUGGGAAAUGUUACUGUCACCAGGUUCUGGCUGGUAAAGGAUAAUUUAAAGGGAUCAACACUCAGCUGAAGGUAUGGUGUUUUUCUGCUUUUAUCUAAAAUGGUUUAACUAAAGAUUUUCCGGUUCUGUGCCUAUUUUAACUGGCAGUUUCCCGUAGGCGAAGGAAAAUGACAGACAUCCUGGCUUUAUUUCUUAAAGGAAACAGAACUGCUAAUGCAUUGUUUACUACCAGGGUUUCCAAACUCUGGAUCUAACGAAAUUCACCUUCAGAUUCAAAUUCUGUCCUCCUGACAGUGGCUUACUGUGCUGUACAAGCAAGAGAGGCCAACUCCCUCCUGGGUCUGCUCAUGGACUCUGAAGCCAAGUGGCAGCCUUUGCGGUCUGGGCCCCCUCGGCUUCAUUUUAACCAUGUGGCCACAUUGGGUCCUGACAGCUCUGUGUCACCUUUCUCCAUGGUGAGUUGGGGUGUCACUGCUGCAGUCUGAAUCAACUGAAAUCUACAGAUGUGUUCAUGAAUGGCUCCUCCUUGACAAACACUGUAAAGCUAUCAAUUAUUAUUAUUAUUAUUAUUAUUACUAUUAUUAUUAUUAAAGCUAUCUGAAGAGGGAAAAUGUCUACAGAUUGGAAAACACCUUGUGGGAGAGUGCUCCCCUUAUCACCCCCACCCCACUAUACUGUGUUCUUCCAUAAGGAAAUAGGACACCGGAGUGCCUAUCUAAUUAUGAAAUUACUAAUGUAAAUAAAUAUUGAUUGUAACUUUU